AUGGAAGAUGACGACGGUCGUUCGAGCGAGCACAAGAACUGGUCACCAGCUCGGGGACUGCAUCUCUCCUCUCAGAGCUUCUCAAACUGGCAUAGAAGAUUGAAGACAUCAAUCAGCCUACUUAUUGUGGCUGUAACUCGUCUUCCUAUACUGGAGAAGAGAACGCAGUCGUCUGGCGAACUUAGAUUCGCGCGGGCCUUCUGGCUGUCAACGGUUGACUAUCGGUAG